AUGAAGAUCCAACAGGAGCCCGAGGAGGCACGGUCAGAGAGGGGCGGUCGUGUGAAAAGCCCUUGGCAGCUGCUGGGCAUGGCAGCCACGGGGACCAUGGCCUUCAGGAGGGUCAAGGCUCUGCCCGCAGAGACUCUCAGGGCAAGAGGGGAUGAGGGAGAGGAGGCUCCCUACACACCGCUCAUCCGUCCCUCCUUUCUUGUCCGCAGCAUAGGCAACUUGCAGGAGCGCCUGGCCCGUGUGGGCACCAGUGGCGUCCGCUUCGUCAUAGUCAAUGAGAAGUCCCCCCUGUCCCAGGCCCUGCAUGGGGAGCUGCAACUCCACGCUCCCCCAGGCAUCCCUGUCUACAGCCAGCAAGGGCCUGGCCCUGACAUCUGGAGCAUCCUCGGGGGUGCCAAGGAUGACUUCCUUGUCUAUGACAGGUGUGGCCGCCUGACUUUCCACCUCCAGCUGCCCUUUAGCUUCCUGCACUUCCCCUACGUGGAGUCGGCCAUUCGUUUCACCCACCGGCAAGAUCACUGUGGGAACUGUUCUUUCUACCCUGCCCAGGUAAACAGCACCAACGAGGGGAAGGCUGAGGCGCCAACUCAGUUCCCUCGCCCAGAAGGAGAAGGGCAGGAGCCCCUGGUGGAAGGGCCCAGCACCCACAGGCCGACUCUGUGGUCUAGCACCCCUCACCCAGCCCACACCCGUGGUCCCAUCCACAGCCACGGCAAGAGGCCGUUACCCAGACUUCCUCUACCCAGUCUAGAGCGGCCUGCCAAUGAGGAGGCCACUGGAUAACCCUCUCAUGGGCACAGUCACAGCCAGGCCCCCACUCUGCAGGCCGGCCCCAAGAGGGCCACCGACCCCACUCCCAACCUCACCCUGUGGCAGUCUGGACCAUUUCAGAGAGAUGAGAAACUGAGGUGUCCCUGGGGUCAUGGUGGCCACGGAGCAAGCCCAUCUGUCUCCAUUAAGGCUGCGGCCCACCUGCCUGUGGCGAUGACUACCUCUACACCUUGCCUACUGCUCUUUCCUCCCCCAGUUAAUGAUGCCCACAGUGAAACCCGGAGAGCCGGCCAUGGUGGGCUGAUGCCAUGGAGAGAGGAGGGAUGAGGAGGAGGCUCCAUUGUUCAUACCCAGGCGUAACUACAAGCUGAGAUGUGGUGCCAACCUGACCCAAUACAAGUGUUCAGAGGAGUGGGGAGCUUGGGGAAACGGCCAAUAAACCUCUCUGCCCAGA